AAGACUAUAAUGAGAAAAUCCAGGAAGAGCCUUCAACAAAAAACGAUGUAUGAACCACCUGUUUCAUUCUUUGAAAAUCAUUAUGCGAACGGCGGGGAAUUUGCACUCCACCGAGCCGUUAUAAGCGGGAAUCUGCAAGACAUCCACAACCUUAUCAGUCUUGGAUUCGACAUCAACGUCAGCGACACAAUCACACACACAUAUGAAAACUUCGGCACACCCCUCCAUCUGGCGGUAUGGUGUAACCGACCCGCGUCUCUCGAAGCGCUCUUGUCUCGUGGAUGCGACCUCAACGUGCUAGACGAAGGGAGCUACGUUCGUGAUAGGGACACACCAAUAACAAUGGCGAUUGCACUUGGAAGACGCGAAAUGGUCAAGAGACUGUUCGAUGCAGGCGCUGAGCACAGCAAGUAUGAUGAGGUGACUGGAGAGUGGUCUCGCUGGUCUCUGCUCACAGUUGCAGCGUACCACGGCCGUGACGACAUACUCCAGGAUCUGUUCUUGUGGCGUGCAGAGUGGCCACAAAUCCACCGAGAUAAUGCUUUGUACCUCUACACUACGGCAGUAUACCCAGAUGUGGUUGGAGUUUUGAUCGAGAACGGCAACUACACUGCAGAAACGCUGAGGGAUGGUAUACAGUUUGCCACUACCAAUGAACCGUGCUUGGAACAGCAAGACUGGCCGCCACCGUCUACAAAUGCAAGAUUAUCGACUCUUGAUGGUGAUUCUCUCCGCCAGGAAAAGUCUCUUGGUGCUCUUUUGGAUGCUUAUGCUGCGAGGGUCGAAGAUAGUACAGUUUACUUCGCGACUUUGAAUUCUUUACUCCAUGCUUCGUGCUCAUCACCUUUCACAAUCGGUGCUCUGAGGUUGUUGCUGAGAAGAGGCGCUGAUGUGAAUUUUCGGAGCGAGAGAAGGAAAGAAUCGCCUAUGCAUAUUGCAGUUCGUCGAAGGAGGGACACGCGUAAGUGUAACGAGGAAGGUGUUGUACAGCUUUUGAAAUACGGAGCAAGCCUUGAUAUUCGUGAUGAAGAAGGUAAAACAGUUGUUGAUAUUGCUAAAAGGGAGGGGAAUGAAGAUAUUGCAGAGCUGCUUCUUCAAUGUGGGGUUUCUAUGAGUUGGUAG